GUCAGUCUGUCACAACUGUCACUUUACCAGUGACAUCGUUCUCUAGUCUGUGAAUCGCGGUUGUGCUUAUUUUGCUCGUUUCCGAAAAGAAAUUCCAAUUAUGUUUCUAGAAAUACGGGCCGCUACCUUGUGAUUUGGUGUUAUUUGCAUUCAAGAGCUACAUAUUCUGUACAUAAGUCUUUAAAACAAGAUUGCAAAUGUCAAUAUGUCAGGAUCUCGGCCUUAAUUUCCAACAGAGAAUGGGCGCAAAUAUAUCGCAGUUGGAAAGAGAUAUCGGGUCAGAGCAGUUCCCGCCUAAUGAACAUUAUUUUGGUUUAGUUAAUUUUGGCAACACUUGUUAUAGCAACUCAGUGUUGCAAGCUUUAUAUUUCUGCCGGCCAUUCCGAGAGAAAGUUCUAGAGUACAAAGCUAAGAAUAAGAGAACCAAGGAGACUUUGUUAACAUGCCUUGCAGAUUUAUUUUAUAGUAUAGCGACGCAAAAGAAGAAAGUUGGAUCUAUAGCGCCUAAAAAGUUUAUCGCCCGAUUGAGGAAGGAGAAAGAGGAGUUUGAUAAUUAUAUGCAGCAGGACGCCCACGAAUUCCUCAAUUUCCUCAUUAAUCAUAUAAAUGAAAUUAUAUUAGCUGAACGCAACCAGAGCACGUUGAAGCUGCAGAAGAACGCGGCGGGCGAGAAUGUCCAGUGCAACGGCAGCGUGCCGCACAGCGCCGAGCCCACGUGGGUGCACGAGAUCUUCCAGGGCACGCUCACCAGCGAGACGCGCUGCCUCAACUGCGAGACCGUCAGCAGCAAGGACGAACACUUCUUCGACUUGCAGGUGGAUGUAGGUCAGAACACGAGCAUAACCCACUGCCUAAAGUGCUUCAGCGACACAGAGACGUUGUGCAACGACAACAAGUUCAAGUGCGACCACUGCAGCAGCUACCAGGAGGCGCAGAAGCGCAUGCGCGUCAAGAAACUCCCCCUCAUCCUAGCACUGCAUCUCAAACGGUUCAAGUACAUGGAACAGUACAACAGGCACAUUAAAGUGUCGCAUCGUGUUGUCUUCCCUUUGGAGCUCAGGUUGUUUAAUACUUCGGACGACGCUGUGAACCCGGACCGUUUAUACGAUCUGGUGGCGGUGGUGGUGCAUUGCGGCUCGGGGCCCAACCGCGGCCAUUACAUCAGCAUCGUCAAGAGCCACGGCUUCUGGCUGCUGUUCGACGAUGAUAUGGUCGAUAAAAUAGACGCAUCAGCGAUAGAAGACUUCUACGGCUUAACGUCGGACCUGCAGAAAUCCUCGGAGACGGGAUACAUACUGUUCUACCAGUCUAGAGACGCUAGUUGUUAAGUUUAACGUGCGUUUACUAUAGUUAUUUAUAUAAUUUAAUACGUCUUAAUGAUAAAUCAUGUUAAAAUUAUAUGCCGCUGUUAACGUUGAGACGGCAUUAUAUGAUUAUUGAGAAAUUAUUUAAUUAAUUUAAUUCCGAUCAAUUAAUGGCACUAGUGAGCAAUUGUAAAUAUAUAUUUCAUUUCAAAAUUAAAAGUUGUGAUCUUUCUUUGA